UUAGAUAGCCAGUGAGAGUUCUAAAACACUCGGACCAGCAGGACGAAGAAUUGUGUCCUCCCUUUCUUUGUGCAUUCUGUCAACAAUGCCUGUUUUCAAAGACAAAUGGCACGUGUCGGAGGAACUGAUAGACGAACUCAGGACGAAGGUUUUGAAUACAGUGAAUUCGAGUCCAGAAGAAUCAGCACUUUUUCAUCCAGAAGAUGUAAAAAGAGUACGAGAGAACGAUUGGUACAUUGUAAGGUACAUCCUUCACCAAGAAUUUGACAUCGAACAAGCUUAUAAAAUGCUAGUGGAUUCCCUGAAAUUUAGAAAAGAAUAUGAGGUUAACACAAUUCGAAAAAAAGAUUUACCAAUAGAAUACUUCAAUGUUCGUGCUGUUAUUUUAUACAACAAAGACCAUCGGGAUCAUCCUUUAGUUGUUGUUCGAGGAAAAACUCAUAUUAAGAGAGAAGACACAAAAAUGCUUCAAAAACAGUACUGGCUGUACUGGGUAGAAAAAGGGGUUAGGGCAUCUAACUGGGGAGCAGUCAGCAUUCUGUUUGACUGUACUGAUGCUGGAAUCUCUAAUAUGGAUUUAGAUUUGAUCCGUUUUAUUUUUGACGUUUUUAAGAAAUAUUACCCUUGGGGCUUAGGUUAUUUUCUGGUCUACAAUAUGCCUUGGUAUAUGUCAACUUUCUGGAAGAUAAUCAAGCAGUGGAUUCCAGAAAAGUAUGUGGAGAAAAUUUGCUUUGUGGACAAAAAAUCAAUUAGAAAAUACGUGGAAGAAGAUCAGUUACCAAUAGUAAUUGGUGGCACAUGUACAAAAAUGUACGACCCAAUAGAAGGUGUAGAAGAUGAUUCAGAAACUGAUAAUGAAAUUCCUGUGUCCUGCUGAGCUAAGAGCAAUAAGUUUCAAAUGUAAAUAUGUUUGAUAUAUUUACUGAAAAGCCAUGUGGACACUAAUUGAAAACCCGUUGUUGAAAGGAACUGUAUGGAUUGUUUUAAGAAGAUGGCGUUGACUUAGUGGUUAAUAUUGAAACGUAAAUAUUGAUGAAUCGCAGUUGUUUCUUUGUGUGUUUUCGACUCAGACAACUUAAAGUGCAUUCAGUGUUACAAAAACAUUUCUACAGACGAAUGCGCAAUGAGAUAAGAAUAUUAAUUUAAACAUUUUACUUUUGAAUCGUCAUUUGUGAUAAUACUGAUCCAGAAUUUCAUCUUAUUCUUCUGUUUUUAGUUUUCGUCAGUUUUAAGUCAUUUUGGUGUCAGUAACAUGUUCAUUUUGUCCUAUUUAUUUCUCAAUAUGUUAUGCAUAAAAUCAACGUAUGCAACUUUUGCAUCAUGUACAUGCACGAAACCAAGGAAUACUCCCAGAACCCUUGGAUUUCAGCCAUAUUUCCAAUUCAGGUAUGUUGAUACAUUUACAUGUAAGGUCCUCUCCCCCCCUCUCAAACCCCCACAGGAAAAUUCUGACUGCUCUACUUAUUUUGUACUUCUUUUUGUGCCAUAAAGAGGCCAAUGAAACCAUUUUUAUGCUAAGAUUUUCAUCCAUUAUAAUGUAAAACUAAUUCUUCAACAAGGUUACAUUAUGUAAUUUUAAAAUCUUUCAUUCCGUUAACUAAAAAUUAAUCGACAGAGUUUCCAUCAGGCUUAAAGUGUGAUUUAAAAAAGUACGAUUUUCCUUUGUAAAUUUGUUUGUCAUUUUAAAAUGUUAAUUUCUAUUGAAUUUAGAGUUGUAAAUUGCAUAAAACCUUUGUCUAACCAUCUUACUAUCGUACUUAUUAAGACAAUAAUAAAAAGAUAAAAUAUAAAUUAUAGAGCAAAUAUAAAUUAAAUGCAAUUUUUAUUUCUUACGAACUUUUUAUUUGAAUGGAGACUUUAAAUUGUGUUUUUAGUGCAUUGUGAAAAUGUGUUGUUUGCAUCGAACUUUCUCAACUUAUUUAUCCGAGGAAGUUUGCAAACUAGUUUUCAAGCAUUGAUGUGAUAAUGUGUUGCCAUACUUGUAUAUAAAUGCGAGACUUAGGUGCUGUAUUUUGUAUUGAAAUCAUUUCAAUCUGCGUUUAUGUUUAUUUUAUUGUUAAAAUUUAAAGAAUAGUACAAUUCUAGAAUUAUUUAAGUGUAGUUUUAUUUUCCUAAUAUUUUGAUAUAUAACAGCAAAAAUUCUUAAAGAAUAAAUAUCCCUCAAAAAAUAUUACUAUAAGGGUUUUGCGCAUGCUCGUCAUUUAGGUAAUCUGGUAGGUCUAUUGCUCCUCCCACCUUUCGUCCCUAAUUACACCAUUUCAAUAUACAUUCGUAUAUGUAUUUUGUUGUUUUUUCCCUAUAAUUUGUUAUUGAGUACGUUUUACUCCCUCUCCCAAAAUGGAAAAUUUUGAAAUGACGGGCCAAAUUUUGUGCAAAAUGUUAUUAUUAUUAUUUUUUUUUUUUUUUGGUGAUUAACAUUAAGCUUGGUAAACCUGUUACAUUUGUAAAUUGGUUUGGUCCCGCAAUCUGUUGAAUCACUAAAAUUUGGCAACUAUUUACAAAGAGCCCAAAUUCCCAUAACCAGCUAUUAGCUGACCUUGAUCAAUAAUUAUUUACACAACAUUUCAAAUUAACAUUUUAUUUGUAACUGAGCAUGACAUGAUAUUUUAAAUUCAAAGCUGUAAAACUUUGAACCUCAUCAAUGUCACCAAGGUUAGAAAUCUCACUGUCGCAGAGGGACAACUAAAAAUGUCAAACUCAUCGGUUUCUCUGUAAAUAUUUUUUCAUACUGUAAAUAAUAUGUAUGCAAUUUUAGUUCAAUAAAACAUUGUUUUCUUUUAACAUAA